AAUUAAUUGGCGGAGUUUCGAAGGUCUUGUUUUUUGUUUACGUUCGACACAAGGAUGCCAGGACGGAUAAAUCGAAUUACUUUUCAACCCAAUCAGCGUAACUUAGUCCAAGUGUAUACAAAUCUACCUCCUGGUAUUGACUCAAAAGUUACCGCCUAUCUUAUUCUUAUAAUUCGCUUGUUUCGUCCAACUUCAUCGUAUAUUGGUUCACGUUGUUCAGAGGCGACAAACACUGCUUCAAAUCAUAUUUAUGUACAAGUUCGUUGGUGGGGUGAACCAACCGGUGGAAAAUGUGCCAUUUUUUAUCCUCGAUUAGCACAUAAAGUUGGACAUAAACAAACAACUUGCACUAAAGCUCGUUAUAAAAUCACUGUUCCUCUGGAUCGAUUUAGUGCUUAUCUCAAAGAUAUGCGUGAACUACGCCUAGAUGUUAUUGACAGUCGUCAUCAGCGUAUUAUUGGACGUGGACGAUUAGAUCGAAUUGAUCGUCUAACUUCGACAACACCAAUCGAUGCUAUAUUACCUGUUAUCAAUGAAGUUGGUGAAAAAUUGGGUGAUUUAAAUCUUUCAUUAAUGAUUGAACCUGUACUUUCUUCAAAUCCUAAGCCUAUAAUUACACGUUUCAAUUGGAAAAAGGAAGACAAUCAACGUCUGUCCAGCAAUGCUGAUGAUAAUGUUACCAAUGUUGGCGAUAAUAAUGAUGAUAACAAUAAUGAAAGUAUAUCUGACGAGAAUGGGAAAGCUCCUCUUCAACCACCACCGCCUAGACAGGAAAAGACAUUCACCUGUAUAAAAAGUGAUCUGAAUGAUACGAAGGAACAGGAAAAGAAUUCAGUGCAAUGUAAACAAGAACAUUCAACUGGUGAUGGUGGUGAACAUGCUGUUGACUUAGAUAUUGGUUCACUCGAUCAAAAUCAUCAUCAUUAUCACUAUCCUAUAUCUCAUAAAAUUGAUAAUUUAUUUGAAAAUCCAAAUAAUUAUCGACAAGAUAAAAUUGAAAAUCAUCAUGCACAGAUGAAUAAUGCUCAUGACAAUUUAUCAAUUAAAGGAAAUAAAGUUAACCUUGAAAGGGAAGAAUUACUCUCGGUUGCACUAGAGAGAAGUAAACACCUACGCGAAACUCUAAGUUGUUCAUCGUUAUAUACUCAACGAGAUAAUUUUCGGGAUCAUGAUGAUGUUGUGAAUUUGACAAAAGAAUCCCGAUGGACUGUUGAUGAUAAUCGGAACUCUUCAAAUGGUUUACUGCAGAAUAGGUCACUUCAUCAUUCUAGUCCAGAUUUAAGAAGUUUUGUAUUCCAUGAGUCCGUGGUUGCUAAAGGCAAUACUAAUUCAAGUCAUGAUCAUCAUUGUCGUGAGCAUGACCACCUGUCACCGGUGAAAUUCAACUCGAAAUCAAAUAAUUUAAGUAUAUUAAAAUAUCUAGUUGAUAAUGAAGCAAUCGAUGAUUCUGUCUACGACACUACACAUCAUCACCAACGUCAUCAUUAUCCUCAUCAUCACAGUCAUCGUCAAUGCGAGUAUGACGAUUGCGAGGAGACUGGAUUCAACAAUACACAUGAUUAUGCAUUGUUAAAGAAAAAGGCAUUACAGCGUAUGAAUUCAGGAUAUAUUAAAGAAGAUGAUAAAUUAAUUGAAGAUUUACUAUAUAAUAAAGAGAAUUCCACUGAUGAAAAUGAAGAGAUGAAUACAAGAAAUUCAUUGAAGCAUUCAAAUAAUUUACAGUCAAUGAAAGACAACGUGUCAAGAAAACAAACUAUGAAAGAACAAUGUGAUUCAAAUUCACCGAGAUCUGGUUGUUCUUUAAAAGGAGCUAAAUUACACUUCAAGUGUUUACGAUUAUUCAAAGCUUAUGCAGAAAAUCUAAUAUCCAGCAUUAAAUCAUCACCAAAGCCGCUGAAUCAGUCUAAACUACCACCAGCAUCACAACCACGUGGUUUUGGUGGUGGUGCUGUACUGCCAACAUGUGCUGUCAUUCGUAGUGCUAGUAGUUGUACAACUGGAACAUGGACUACAACCAGUUUUACAUUGAUGUCAGAGUUAUCUAAUCACCGGCAAUCUGAUAUAAUGUCAAGUAAAGAAGGUGAUUCAUUUGUCAAUUUCUUUUGUUCAACGAGCAGUAACCAUGACAACACCAAUAAUCCUUACAUAUUUGUCAAUUUGAACAAUACCGACAAUUCUAAUACUGAUACUGGUAAUCAAGAUAAUCAUAUUCGAAUAAGAUUGUUCUAUUUGUCUAAUCCAAUAAUGGAGAGCGAUGAUAUAACCCAAUGGGAAUCAGAGAUGAUUGGUGUAAAUUUCGUCAAUCCAGAUGAAAUACGUUCAAUUGUCUUAUCAAAAAAUCAUUUAAAUUCAACCAAUCCAACUACUCGCCUAUUUAUUCAUUUAUGCUCUGGUCAGAAGACUAAAACGGAUAGUCCAAAUGUGAUUGGUCGGUUAGAAUUUGAAUUGGAACCGGUAUGGCACACUACACCUAUCAACCAAUCAAAAGUCAACCUUAUGUUAAAAGAUCAGCGAAACACGGAACAAAGCCAUACAAUUGUUAGAAAUGAUAAAGUUUAUUCAUCAGGUGAAAAUUCAGCGGUUAAAAGACACGAUUUCAACAAAUCCUCACUGUUGCCAUCCUCAUCACAAGACAACAAUACUCACAUUAUGCUAGAGACAAUAAUAUGCAUAAAAGAAGGUAAAGAAUUGAAAUUCUCGAACACUCAUCAUAAUCAAAAGUUAUUCACAUCAAAAUAUACACCUACACCUAGAUUACAAAAUAAAUCUGGUAUACUAGUUGAACACAGCUAUUUAAUUGUACGCUUACCAUGGUGUGGAUCGAUGAGUAAUAACAACAAGGCGCCGCAGUUAAAUUCAUCAACAAUGAAUUUAGAUCAAUUUCACUCAAAUGUUGCCUGGCUGAGUGGAGCAUGUCCACAGUAUGCAUUCAAUGUACGAUCUCAAUGUUUAUUUCAUCAAGAAUCACUGUCACGAUUGAUGAAAUCAUCAAUUGUCAUAGAAGUAUGGUCUAAAUGGAUGAGUGGUUUACCUGAUCAUUUAAUUGGUCUGGUAAAAAUUCCUACAGAAUGUAUAGUUAAAUUAUAUGCACACUAUGAUAUGAAUACUUCACAAAUAUGGUGGCAUUCAAAUAGUGUAAUACAAAGUCUACUGAAAGCACAACAUCCAAUGAUUCCUGUAGAUUCAUGGCUCCCAAUUACUGACCCAUUCUCAGGCAGUGAAUGUGGUCAACUGCAUAUCCUUUUGGCGGUUGGAACACAAGAACAAAUAAAUACGUUUUCAUCUGUUCAAAACUUAAAAUAUAAUAUUGAUAAUGUGUACAUGAUGAAUCAAGAGAUGACAGGUACUGGUAGUGGUGGUGGUACUUCUGGUAUUCUCAAACAGGCGGAACACUGUUCAUCCAUUGAUGUUACAGUUGAACAUAGAAUCAGCAUAACUAUUGAACAAUUGAGAGAUUUUGAUCCACGUAUCUCAUUGAAACAUGAUCCACAUUUCGAUGGAUCUGUACCAUGGGGUGAUUUAGAUUGUUUUGUUCAAUACUUUUUCCCAAUAGAUACAAAAGCUAAAUGCUUAGCCAGUUAUCGUACAUCAGUUCAAAUGCUCAAUAAACCGAGUAAUAACAGCAAUAACAACCAUGGCAACAAUAGUCGUUCUCAAAUUGAAAAACAAUUUAUCUCCUGUGAAUUCAUUCCAACUGUUAGUUCAUCAACAGCUGACGGCGACGAUGAUGGUGUUGAUACACAAGGCCAUAUAUCAUUACGACGCAGGCCAGGGAAAUCACCAUCCUAUUGGAAUCAUACGCAUAAAUUAUGCUUGAAUACAAAAAUCACAUCAGAAUCACAAAAGGAUGGUGAUGUUGACUGUGUAGAUUUGAUGAAGACAAAAAUUGAAAACGAAUUUCUUCAAUGGAUUUUAGAUAUGUUAACUCGUGCAGAUUUUAAAAGUAAUAAAUUAGAUUUAAAACGUGGUUUACUAUUUGAAAUUUGGUUACGUAUCUAUUCACCGAAUCUACACGAUUGUUUAGCAGCCAAAGGAUAUAUUCCAGAGGAAUUAUUUUAUACUUUAAUUAAUCGAAACAGAAUCAGCACAUCUUCUGAUGAAAAUAGCCAACAUAAUCAUCAGACACUACGUUUCUCGAUUGAUCUAUUCGAUGUUAAUAGUAAUAGUAGCUGUUUAAAUGGAAGGCUACAAAUUAGCAUGGAUUAUUGUUAUAACAUUAUCAACCAGUCUGAAGACUUUGAUAGAGGAACACAAAUCCAACCGUCUAGUAGUAUACAAAAACCAACUGCACUACUCUCUAAUCCUGUUGUUGUACAUCAUUCAACGAAUCCAGUAUUAAUUCUACCUAGUAAAACACAAUAUAAUCAUCGUAUUCAAAUAUGCCUAGAUGAAAUCAACUUGAUGAAGUCAAAGUCUAGGUCGACUGGCAAUGAUCAGUUCACUUCCCUUGGGAAUAAUUCUUCACUUCAUCUACGUGUCCAUUGUGUACUGCUUAUCCCAGUAGCUGGAUCAAAUUCUUCAUCAGUCAAUCCAUAUUAUCUUCAUGUGAUCAAAUCAACAAUCAGUCAACCUAUAUAUAAUUCAUUAUAUGCAAAUGAGUUGAAUUGUAAAUUAGAUGUACAAUUGCCAUCGUCAUGGCUAAUCGCUUAUCAACAUCGAAAUCCUAUCCCCCAUCAUCAACAUCAUCAUCGUCAACAGCAAACUACUCCCCUGAAUACCUCUUCAAGAAAUAGUUUUGAAAUCAGUUUAUUAGAGGCAAUUUUAAACGGUGAUCAAUGUCAUCAGCAACAGUAUACUAGUCCUAUAACAAAAUCAUGUAUAAUGAUUCAGGUAGAUGUAUGGUCCCAAGAGAAUACAAGGAAAGCAUUUAUGGCAUGUGAUCAAAAGUUGGGAAAUUUUUGGGGAUUAUGUUACACUGACUUUGAAAACAAUUCUGAUGACAACAGUACUUAUGCAUCGCUUAUUCCUCCUGGUAAAGAUUAUAAACUUGUCAGCAGUUGUCGUAUUCCCUUAUCUGGGCUAUUAUUUUCAACACACGGUCUAAUUUCAUCACAAUGGUAUCCAUUAUGUUCAUUUACAAUAAGCGAUCAUAGUUCAUCACCCUCAAUGUCAUCAUCAUUGUGGGAAAGUAGAUUCAGUGGAGCUGUUCAACUGAGCAUGAAAUUAAUUGAUCCAAAUAUGAUUAAGAUAGUUCCAUGUUAUAAUACUACUAUAACAUCAAAUUCAAUUAACAAUAAUAAUAUUAUACACAAUUCUUCUGUAAUUCAUUGUCUGAGAGAUUGGAAUAUAUCAUUUAGUAUUGAAAAGCUGGAGAAUGGUCAAACUUCUGUGGUGGCGUUUAAAAAUGAAUCCGAUUACUGGAGAGAUGGUGUGGAUGAAUAUGGUUGUCAGUAUAAACACUUUACAAUGUAUCUUAAUUUUGCACAUAUACCAACAAUUAAGCAAUUAAUCAAGGAGACAUCAGAAUUGGAUGGUGGUGAUAGUACAUUGCUUAGAAGCUAUCCUAUGGAGAACAAUUUCAAAGCCUAUGUGUUUCUACGCUUUCAAUUUCCAAAUUAUGGUACACAAAUGUCUCAACUGGUCUAUUUACCGAAUUCUACUGAUCAAUUUGAUGAUUUGAAGUCUACUACUACUAUCAUUGAGUUUAAAGAAUAUAAAGAGUUUGUCAUUCCAGUUAGUUCAGAAUUAAGAUAUUUUCUGUCAGAAUCUUCACUUGAACUUCAAGUAUGGAUUAUUUGGACAGAUGAAAAUUUGAAGGAGACUGAUGUAAAAGGAAAUGAUAUUGGAUUUGGAGUAGCAGUAGAAGGGUACUCUUCAUCCACCCAUCGAGUCCCUGCACCACGUCAUCUGGGGACUGCAAUUAUCCCAUUGUAUCAUUUACUCUAUCCUAAACCAAAAAUGCUGAUGGAUAGUAUUCAUGCACAGUCGACCACUGGUGACGGUGGUGGUGGUACAACUUCACUAGAUGGUGAUUCUUCAGGAAUAUGUUGGUGGAAUAAGCAAUCCAAAUAUUAUAACAACAUUGAUGAUAUAAUGAAUUGCAGCGGUUUACCAGUAUAUCCAUUAUACCGUUCAAAUUCUUACCUUAAAAAUAAUAAUAAUGACAGUUGGAUCUCUGUACAAAUUGAAAUGACAGGAUCACGAACUGAAAAUUGUUUAAUGUCAAAACGUUAUCACAUGUGUAAAAUGAAUAAAUUAUCGAUACCGGAUAUUAAUGGACAACUUGGAUGGAACUUAAAAUAUUCUGGAAGGCAUCCUACCACAGACUUGAUAACACCAAAUAAUCUAAUCAAUAAAAAUUAUGGAUCACAUCAGUAUAUACAUACUACUGAAAUGUCUGCAGAAAGUAGUCAUAUGAAGAGGAGAACAAGCACAUUUCCUGCUGAAAUUAUCAUUGAAAAAGCAUAUCAUUUACGUCUGCCUCAUCACAAUAAAGCUAUUCAUUCCACGGAAUCAAGUGAGCAAAGUGAACCAUACUUCAAAUCAAGUGAUUAUAAACAGGAUAAAAAAUCCAAAUACUCAGUAUUUGUCACAUUCCCUGUUGACGGUAGUCUUGCUUUUAUGAGCAUGAGCAGCAGCAAUCCAGUAAAUAAACAUACAGCCACCGCCGCCACAACCAUUACUACUCCUGGUGCUGCUGCUGGUCCCGGUACUACUGACGAAGAAUCCCUUUGGAGACAAAUAUCCAAGUGUGCUACAAAUCCUAAUUCAUGUCGUAUUGCUGUAACACCAAAAGUGAAAAAUUUAGAAUAUGCUCAUUGGAAUUACUGUAGAUUUAUGCGUAUCCCAUUGGAAUUGAUAAAACCUUCGUGUAGUCAAGGUUUAGUAUUUCAUGUUUGGACUGUAAAUGAUGAAUCCACCAACAACGAUACUGAUCAUAUCCCCAGGUUGAUUGGUAUAGCUACAGUUGAUUUAACUACUCUAUCCCAUUUGUUUACAAAUCCAAUUCGAGUGAAUUCCACGCCAAAUUCAUAUAAUGAAUUUAAUCAAAUCUAUGGUUGGUAUCAUAUUUUCGAUCAGAAUACUGGAUGUCCAUCAGGCCAAAUUUUGAUCGGUGUCAAACCGUUGAUCAAUAAUACUGGUGAAACUGAUUUCAGUAGUAUAUCAUUAGAUAAUUAUAAUAAUUAUCAGACUAAACCUUUUGAAAAUUAUUCUGUAUUUCAAGAAGCUUUUCCUACAAUGCCAAUGUUGUAUUCUGAUUGUAUUCGAGCAUCAACUCACGCGCUUCCUGAUUGUCAUCUAGCCAAUUCUGACAAGGUGGCUACAAACAAAGAAGAACCUUGUCAAUCUGAAUUGAAUCGUUCUGUACUAUUUGAAAAUUUGAGGACUCGAUUAAAUGAAUUAGAUGAAAUGAAUAAUCGAUUUAAAAAUCGAUUAACAACUUUAACAAAUUCAAAUGAAAAAUUUUUUAGUAUAAGUCAUGAAAAUCUACAAAAUAAGGUGGCGGCGGUUGGGGUGUCAUUUCAAGGUCAAAAUGAAGUCACUAACGAAUCACAACCAGUAGUAGUGUCAUCAAGACAAGAAGAAGAAAGUAGUAGAAGUCAUCAAAUCGCAUCUAUGAAUCAUCAAUGUUCAGCUCCUUAUUCAAUAAUCAAUAAAGAAGGUGAAAAGGUGGAAUUACAACCUCGUUUAUCAAUUUGUAAUUAUCAGUUAUCUGGUCAAUCUAAUAUGCAGUUUGGUAGUGGGAAUUUGGAGGAGAGUGAAAACAUUACGCAAGCAAAUCUACUUUCCUCCAAAUCACCUGAUGAUUAUUCUUUUCACGAAACAAAAGAUAAUGAUGAUGAUGACAACCUGUUGAAUCGAUUAAAAAUUCAAACAAAUAAUUUUAAUAUCAAUAAUUGUUUGCCAUAUUCUGACAAGAAAACUAUCAAUUCUGAUAAUAAUAAUAAUAAUAAUAAUAAUAAUGCCAAUGAUAGUGAUAAUGAUGACAUAAGUAGUAAUGAAAAUGAAGAUGGCAGUGAUCACCAAUCAGACAUUUCGAUAAUCUCUCCCCUACCUGGCCAGUGUUCAAAUCUAUUUGAUGUCGAUGAUAAUGACUGUGGACAUCAGGUUGUCAGUAAUCAUGUACAAGACAAUGUUCAACCAACGACAAUUAUUGAAUAUGCUGCCGCUGCUGAUGGUGAUGUCGUCUCCAGAGAAAUUGAUGGUGAAGUGACAGAGGAAUCCCAUUUGAAUAAAAGUUACAACUUAUCAGAUAUUCAUAUGAUUACAAGUAAUAAGAAUGGAGUUGUUAUUGAUGAUGAUGACUCACAUGGAUGUAAUCAUGCAUUGAGACAAGAUCAUGGUGAUGCUGUGGAUGUAGAUGAUGAUGGCGGUCAAGAGGUUAUCUCUGAAACUUUAGCCUCAUCAGUAUCACUGCCCGACGAUGAUGAUGAUGAAGAAGCAGAAGAAGCGGGGGAUUCAAAUGUUUUGCACGCUGGUGAUGAUGAUGAUGAUGACCCUUCACAUACUACAACUGUUACUCGAUCGACAAUGACACAAUCACCUCCACCACUUAAUGAUGAUGAUGAUGUUGAUUACCAGUCAAUUAGACAACCUGAACUUUCAUUAACAAAUAGUCAUAUUCUACAGAGUAGUAGUAUUCAAUUCAGUAAACAAGAUGAAUUGUCGUCUAAGGAGAAAUUUAUUCAUAAUAAUAUCAUGUAUGAAUCAAAUAAAGAGAAUAAAGGAGACGACGAUGAUACAGAAGAAGCACCGCCUCGCGACGAUGAAACCUUAGAAGAUGACUUGAAAAUCAAUAAAGAUGAUGAUAUGCCAGAAACUAGUAGAUGGGAUGAAAAUCCUACUAGCAGCAGCAGCUGUAGUAAUACAGAAAAGCAACAGCAGCAAAAACAACAAUUAGUAACAGAUGAUUCGAACCAUCUGAUGCUUAUCCCGAAUUUCUUCCCAAUGACACCUCGAAUAGAAGAAUUAUUCACAAGUAGAUCAACUCAGGAUGAUAGUAAACAUGACAACGGUGAAAAAAAUGUUGUAGAUCCCCUGAGAAGUCGACUGAAUGCACGUUUAUCAGAAGCUGUCAAUACAGUGAACAGAAAAUCAUUUACAAAUAUGCCAAAUGCAAAAACAACCAGUAGUGGUGGGGGCGGUGGUGGUGGUGCUAGUUGUAGUACUAGUACAGAUAUGAUAAUCACUGAUACUAUUACUGCCCUAAUCAAUAGUGGUUAUAAAACAAGAAGUUUAAAAAAAGCAGAACGUGUUUUUAACAUGACAUUAAAAUAAUUUUUAAAAAAUACCUUUUUAUUAUGCUGAUUGAUUAUCUAUCAGUUUAGUCUUGUUAUUGACUUUUAUUACUGGGAAGUUUAACCCGUUUUUUUAAAAAAAGUAUUAAUAUUUUGUAACUUAUUGCUUCGUUCUUCCUUUUUUCUGUAAAAACGUACAAUAUAUACAUAUAUAUCCUUUUAUUCGAUAUAAUAUAAUACAAAGAGUUAUUGACAAUCUUCGACUUUUAAAAGAACACCGGAUUGAGUGAAGAAAUAUGCAUUCCUUUUCAAUUAGUUCAUCAUCCACUGGCUCUAC